AUGAUCGACUAUGUGUCGCCAACAGUAUCCUUUAACGAACUUUCUUUGAAAGACAAUCGUGAGUGCAGUAUUUCAGCUGCAAGUAUUGAAACGGGACCGACAGCUGAUUCUGCAAUUGAUAUAUAUACGUUCUCAAUUGAUGCAGGUGAUUCGUUGAGCUCUAAAAGAAGUUCGUUGGAUCGAAAAAGCCAGAGUUCUUUUGUUGACUGGGCAUCUGAUGCUGGUUCUCAUACAUCUCCACGCUUUUGUGAAGACGAUGCAGGUAUUGAAGAGGACAGCGUCUUUAAUGAGAAAGAUACAUCAGGUUCCUCGUCCACUAGAAGGAAACUUCCAUUACCUAAUAUUAGUCUUCCUAGGGUCUUUUUUUCAAGAAAUAAACAACCCGUUAUAAAUGAGCAUUCUUCCUACAGUAGCCAUCCAUGGCGCAUUUUUUCUGAUAGGAAGAAGAUGAAAAACUCUGAAGUUGUUUCAACAACAGGGCUUAUUCUUGAGCAGAGACCCAGGAACUUGCCUGCUAAGUCAGAAGAAGAAGAAGCAAAACAUCGGGCUCAGUACCUGCAAUUAAUAGAACAGGCAAAGAAAAAAGAAGCCCGGGAAGCAAAAGAAAGGAAAAGAGCCGAGCAGAUGCAGAGACGACUGGAAGAUCAAGCAGCAGCUGCCUGCCGUUUAUGGAGUGAGACUAUACUUCCCAAGUGGGAAGAAAUGAAAAACACCAAAAGAUGUCGGGAACUUUGGUGGCAAGGAAUACCUUCAAAAGUUCGGGGUCGUGUUUGGCUUCUAGUAAUAAAAAACGAGCUGAAUUUGACGGAAGAGUUAUACAACAUUUGCUGCGCAAGAGCUUUGGAGCGACUUUCAGCUGUGAAUGAGGAGGGAACAGUCGGGGAAAACUCGGCCCAGUCUCAUAGGCGUACAGACUCUGGAGUUGUUGAAGAUUGUACUUCUGCUCAAUCUUUCAAUCGGGAAAGUACUGUGGAACUGAUACAUUUGGAUGUGUCGCGGACAUUUCCAAGUCUCGGUAUCUUUCAAAAGGGCGGGCCGUAUUACGAUUUGUUAUUAAAACUGUUAGGCGCUUAUGUUUGUUAUCGUCCUGAUGUUGGCUAUGUUCAGUCGAUGUCAUUUGUCGCUGCUGUACUUUUACUCCAAAUGGAGCCUUACGAAGCUUUUAUUGCCUUUGCGAAUCUCUUAAAUCGCCCUCUUCUACUCGCAUUUUACCGUUUACGACAACCCCAAAUGACUGUUUAUUUUAUUGCAUAUGAUCAGUAUUUUGAUCAAGAGUUACAUACGUUACAUUCCCAUUUUGAUGAGCUUGAUGUGCGACCUGAUCUUUACCUCAUCGAGUGGGUUUACACUCUGUUUGCUAAAUCGUUGCCUUUUGAUGUAACUUGCCGGGUAUGGGACAUGUUCUUAAGGGAUGGAGAAGAGUUUUUGUUCAAAACAGCACUUGGCAUACUACGUCUUUACGAGCGGCAAUUACUUGAGAUGGAUUUUGACGAGGUUGUGCAGUUUCUAACUCAUUUACCAGAUUCUUUAAGUGGAUCUGAGCUUUUUCAUAAUAUAGAACCUUUUAUGCGCACCUAUGCUUCUAACGGAGAGUCUUCUAAAAGCAAGAGGAGGUUUUUACAGAUCGUUGAGGAUGUUAAUCGUAGAAUAAAUCCUGGAGGAUGUAGUGCUUCAGAUUCGUCGUAUUCUUUAAGCAGCAUGUCAUAUAUGGGUGAUAAUGCGUCACACUCUUCUCGAUUAACUCAGCUUUCUAGCAACAUGCAGAGUUUGAAAAUGAGCAAAAGUUUAAGCGGUUUCCUCGGUGACUUGCUGAAGCCUCCUCCGUCAUCAGCCUCAACAAAUUUUUCUUUAAGUACCCACGAUCAGUUAGCAUCAUGA